AUGUCUGGUCGACGCGAUUUCCUCAAUCAAAAGGCACCUGAGAAUUAUGUUGCUGGUUUAGGUAGAGGAGCCACAGGUUUCACAACACGAUCUGAUUUAGGUCCUGCGCGAGAAGGCCCAAGUGAAGAUCAAAUCAAGGAAGCUCUUGCAAAGCGCGCUGCUCAACUUGGUCAAGCAGCUCCUACAGCGUACGGAGCUACCGAAAAGAAAGAUGAUGACGAGGACGAUGAGCGGUUUCAGGAUCCAGACAACGAGGUUGGAUUAUUCUCAGGUGGCGUUUACGACAAGGACGAUGAUGAGGCAGAUAGGAUAUACCAAGAAGUAGAUGAGAAGAUGGAUAGACGGCGGAAAAUAAGAAGGGAAGCACGAGAAAAAGCAGAAAGGGAAGAAUACGAGCGAAACAAUCCCAAAAUCCAACAGCAGUUCGCGGACUUAAAAAGAGCGCUGGGGACGGUCAGUGAUGAAGAUUGGGCGAACUUGCCGGAGGUGGGUGAUUUGACUGGAAAAAACCGGCGGAGUAAACAAGAAUUGAGGAAGAGGUUCUACGCCGUUCCAGAUAGUGUUAUUGCUGGAGCUCGAGACACGACUGAGCUGGGAACUACUGUAAUGGAUGACGGGGAGAGUGCAGGAGGCGAUGGCCCCGACGGGACCAUGACCAACUUUGCGGAUAUUGGAGCGGCACGAGAUAAAGUACUGAAAGUAAAACUCGAUCAAGCGUCUCAAGGCACAGACUCGAUUUCUGGAAAUGCGACAAACAUUGACCCGAAAGGAUAUCUCACCAGUUUAGCCAAAUCGCAAAUCAAUGAGGGAGAAACUCAGGUCGGUGACAUCGUCCGUGUACGAACUCUGUUGGAAUCUGUUAUCAAAACAAAUCCAAAGCAUGCUCCAGGAUGGAUUGCGGCUGCCCGUGUCGAAGAGCUUGCAGGAAAGACAGUAGCGGCUCGGAAUAUUAUUGCUCGCGGUUGUGAGUAUUGUCCUAAGAGUGAGGACAUAUGGCUCGAAAAUAUUCGACUGAACGACAAUCACAACGCAAAAAUUAUAGCCGCAAAUGCCAUCAAGAAUAAUGACCGUUCAGUGCGGUUGUGGGUUGAAUCGAUGAAAUUAGAAUCAGAACCUAGAGCUAAGAAACGAGUCAUUAGGCUCGCUCUAGAUCACAUUCCACAAUCUGUAGGCCUCUGGAAAGAGGCUGUCAAUCUGGAAGAAGAUCCCAGUGAUGCACGUCUACUUCUUGCUAAAGCCACUGAAAUCAUCCCUCUCUCGGUUGAAUUAUGGCUAGCACUUGCACGAUUAGAAACAUCCGAGAAUGCCCAAAAAGUCCUCAACAAGGCUCGGAAAGCCAUCCCUACCUCUCAUGAAAUUUGGAUUGCUGCCGCACGUCUUGGUGAGCAAAUGGGUACUGCCUCUAAGAUAAAUGUUAUGAACCGUGCGGUCAAAGCUUUAGCGAAAGAAUCUGCAAUGUUAAAAAGAGAGGAUUGGAUUACCGAGGCAGAAAAGUGUGAAGAAGAGGGAGCGGUUUUAACCUGCGGUAACAUCAUUCGGGAAACUCUGGGAUGGGGCUUGGACGAAGAUGAUGAUCGAAAGGAUAUUUGGAUGGAAGAUGCCAAAGCUAGCAUCAAUCGUGGAAAGUAUGAGACUGCUCGUGCCAUUUAUGCCUAUGCCCUUAGAGUUUUCGUUACUAGCACGAAACUUUGGCUCGCUGCUGCAGACCUAGAGAAGAAUCAUGGUACAAAGGAAGCUUUGUGGCAAUUACUCGAGAAAGCCGUUGAAGCACGUCCCACCAGUGAAGUCCUGUGGAUGAUGCUUGCCAAGGAAAAGUGGUUGGCUGGUGAAGUUGAUAAUGCACGAAGAGUUCUUGGUAAGGCUUUCAAUCAAAAUCCAAAUAAUGAGGAGAUUUGGCUUGCGGCUGUAAAGCUAGAGGCAGAGAACCAGCAACCAGAACAAGCACGGGAGCUCCUUAAAACGGCACGACAAGAAGCUCCCACUGAUCGUGUAUGGACGAAGAGUGUAGCAUAUGAGAGACAAUUGGGCAAUAUUGACGCAGCCCUGGAUCUUGCGAAUCAAGGAUUAAACCUAUUUCCUGGUGCUGCCAAACUGUGGAUGAUGAAAGGUCAAAUCUACGAAAGCGAAGGCAAAAUGCCACAAGCUCGUGAAGCGUACAGUACAGGUACAAAAGCCUGUCCAAAGUCGGUACCACUUUGGCUACUAUACUCGAGGCUCGAGGAGAGAGCUGGCAUGGUGGUCAAGGCACGCAGUGUUCUUGACAGAGCACGAUUAGCAGUUCCCAAAUCCCCGGAAUUAUGGACCGAAUCGGUCAGAGUUGAACGACGUACAAACAAUACCGCUCAAGCAAAGAUCAUGAUGGCGAAAGCUCUUCAGGAAGUACCCAAUAGUGGAUUGCUCUACACAGAAUCGAUCUGGAAUCUGGAAGCACGGACACAAAGAAAACCUCGUGCGUUGGAAGCUAUCAAGAAAGUCGACAAUGAUCCCAUCCUCUUCGUCACUAUUGCGCGCAUCUUCUGGGGUGAGAGAAGACUGGAAAAGGCUCAGAAUUGGUUUGAGAAAGCUAUUUUACUGGAUAGUGAUUUGGGUGAUACAUGGGCUUGGUACUACAAGUUUUUGUUACAGCAUGGCACUGAAGAAAAACGUGCAGAUGUCGUAUCAAAAUGUAUACUCAGCGAACCGAGACACGGGGAGUUCUGGCAAGCGGUGGCGAAGGAUCCAAAAAAUGCGGGUAAAAGCAUCGAGGAGAUAUUGAAAUUGGUUGUAGAUAAAGUGGAGUGA